CGCAAAAGCCAAAGGCGUAUAUAGAUGGCCAAGUUUUCCGUCCUCAGUGGCUGAUUUUUCGGUGGUUGAUGUUUUUGUAAGGCGGAUUGUCCAAGAAAAGGGUUGCGUGAAGAGUUCAAAGGCACGGCAAGCGAAAUAUUCGAGAGGAAUUGCGGUCGAAGCAACAGAGAAAAAUGUUAAGGAAGCAAAAUUUUACAGCGUCUUCAAUAAAUCUAGAUGACAGAAAACAGGUUGCAACAACACAGGCUUUCAAAAUCUGCUUUCUCAUCCUUCUUUUAUGUUUUUCUUUAUAUCUGCUGCUGAUAUACUCUGUAAACGAUGGAAAAACACUUCAAAGACAACAAAGACAUCGUUUUCCAGUUAUUUACAAGUGGCCACGAGGACUUCAAUCAUUCUUGCCUCCAGACCGUUCAUUAUGGAUUUCUGUCGGUUGUGAUACGAAAUACCCUCUGUUUUCCUGUCAAUCCAAAAAUAAGAAACGCGGUAAAAGGCUUGGUAAUUUGAUCCUUGUCAAUGAAACACACUUUCGUCAUCCUAUCCUUCAGAGUCAUUGGAACAGUUGCGCAAUCGUUGGCUCGUCGAGUCGUUUGCUGAAAACUGAAUAUGGACGCCACAUCGAUGAUCACGAAAUCAUCGUCAGAAUCAACUACCCGCCCAUAAAGGGAUACGAAAAACACGUGGGAUCCCGACCUUCCGACAUCAUUUUUUUCGGAGACAAAAUACUAAGGUGUUUCAACGAAAGCCACCCUGAGGCCAAGUUGAAAGUUUUUCAACUCCCGUAUAAAAGUAAACAUAGAGACGAUUCUUUCAAGACAUGCGAAGCUAACAUGAAAUUGCCAUUGUAUCCUAUUUCAAGCUACGUUAUGAAAUUUGCAGAAACGCUAAUUUACAACUAUUCCCUAGCCCACCGUCCUCCAGAAAUGAAGGCGGCUAGGGUAAAAAGGACAAUGCCAACUUCGGGUUUUCGGGCGGUUAUUUUUACGAUGAUGUUGUGUAAGCACCUUGAUGUGUACGGAUUUGGACUAAGCGGAGGUAAAGGCGAGUGGCUUCAUUACUAUGGUACAAGCACCAAACACGGAUCGGUCACACGAUUUAAAGGAGCUCACAACCCUAGAGCUGAAUUUGAGCUUUUAACUCAUUGGCCAAACGUGACAACUUCCGACUUCUAUCCGGAUUUUGGAAAAUUGCGGGUAUUUACGUAGACUUCAAGUGCAAAUACUAGUAAAUGUACGUCUAUAUAUAUAGCCCGUGUUAUUGACGUAUUCGCUUGUUUAGACUUUUUCAUUUAGCUAAAUGUAUUCAGAGAUUGAACUUUACAGGCAUGAGUAAAACACGUUAUACCUGCUGAACAGAUAGCAAAACUAAGAAAUAUACGAGUUUUUGUAGUGUCAAUGCGGUUGUGUGUUGACAUAGCAACAUUCAUUUGACCAUCUUUAUGUAUAUACUAGUACACAUGGCCCGUCCUUCGUACGGGCAAGACACUGUAGUGUAAAGAUAGGUCUGUGGACA